AUGUCAUGGCCAGAGGCUCAGAGUUACUGCAGAGAGAGAUUCACUGAUCUGGCUACUGUAGACAGCAUGGGUGACGUGAACAGGCUGUUAAAUAUAGUGGAUGCUGGAUACAAUGGAUCAGUGUGGAUUGAACUGAAGAGGGGGACACAGAACCGCUGGGGUUGGUCUAACGGAGAUGAUACACUCGCACAGUACAAAAGCACUGGAGACAUCAGGAUAGCAUUGUUCAAGAAUUGGACUGAAGCUCAGAGCUACUGCAGAAUGUAUCACACAGAUCUGUCCAUCAUCCGCAACAAAGAGGAUACGACUCGGCUAAGAAGAAUUAUUGUAUAUCCAGAGGUCCUCUGGUUUGGUCUGUUCCUGGACUCUUGGGAAUGGUCUGACAAAUGGAGCCGCUUCUUCAGAUACUGGGCAGCAGGUCAACCAUCCAAGAGAUCAGGAUCUGGUGACUGUGUUGGCAUGUUGAGAAAUAAUUCUGGAAAAUGGGCUCAAUACAGCUGCGAUCUACAGCAGCCUUUUUUUUGCUAUGGAGAUGAAAAGUUGGUUAGAAAACAGAUUGUCAGGCUGAAAUUGUCCUGUAAUGGAAAAUGCGCAGUGAAUGAUCAUUCACUACUGACGGCCAUUCUGAAUAAGAUAAGUGAAAAACUGAAGAGCAUGGGGCUGCAAAAUGACAGCAAAAUAAGCUGGAGAAAGGGGGAAGGUGAAGAGGUGUUUCAUGAAGAGAUCAACCGUACGGCCAAUUCUAAUAAUAAAUGUAGAGGACCGUAA